UCCAGCAUAUGUAGUCCUCCUUCAGGCAGAUAACACAGCACUGUGUACCCCGGAAGCGGAAGUGAAGGCUUGGCUUCCGCCCUCCAUGUGCUGUGAGAAGUGUAUGUUUCAUGUUCAUCUUCCAGGAUGGCAUUCAUGAGUGCAGUAUUGAGAACUGUUAGGCUUUCUGCAUUCCCAUUAUCGAUAAGGUGUGUAAAUAAAGCUUUAACAAUUAAAGUAUGUGACCAGCUCGCACAAUGUAGAAUGCUGACACUGACCCAUUGUCAGAGGAGUCAAGACAAGCCUAAUUCCACAGAAACAGUAAACCUAGACUCCUGGAAAAAUAUUCUUCGAAGUGGAACCCAGAGCACUACUGAUCAAGAAGAAGAAUCUGAAGCACAAGAGGAAUCCACUAUAGAAAGUAUGCAGAAGGUUGUUGAUAUGUGGAGAUUAGCAGGAAAAGCUGUUCCAGAAAAUAUUAGCACAGAGGAGUUGCAAGAACUUCUAAACCUACCUACCAAGUCUUCAAGAAAGAAAUACUUGAAGGAACUUACGUUUAAAGAGUUCAGAAAGAAAAGCAAGGAAAGAAAGAAAUUAGAAAAGCAGAAGUCGAGGAGUGAAAUGGAAUUUAGCCAUGAAAAAAUAAGCACAUACCUCUUAAAAUUUUUUACUGUAAGUGAGGACUCUUUUAAUGGGUGGCGAACUGCUCAGGCAAUGAUACAUGGGCAACCAUUAGUAUUUGAUAUGGCAUAUGAUCGAUAUAUGUCAAAAAAAGAAAUUGAGAACACAGUUAGUCAGCUUAUGAUGAGCGAAGGGCUUAACAGGAGAUCUGUUGAUCCGUUUCACAUCCAUUUCUGCAAUUUGCAACCUGGUGGCGCAUACCAUAAUGAACUGGUAAAGCGUUAUGGUGAGGCAUGGAAUAAUCUCCUAAUAACUGCCACAGAAAAAUCUCAUUCUGACAUCUUUCCUAGAGAUCAACUUGUGUACUUAACAGCUGAUUCUCCUAAUGUGUUAAAAGAAUUUGACCAUGAUAAGAUUUACAUUGUGGGCGCAUUUGUUGAUAAAAGUCAAAAGACAGGAAUAUCUCUAGGAAAUGCAAAGCGGCUAAAAUUAGCCACUGCAAGACUGCCACUGGACAACUACCUGAAAUGGGACAUUGGUGGGAAAAAUCUUACCCUUAAUCAAAUGAUUGAAAUACUGAUGACUGUAAAGGACAAUGGAGAUUGGAAGGACGCGCUCUCAUUUGUCCCAACAAGAAAACACACUGGUUUUAUGCAAAUGUCACAAAAAGAUAAAUCGCCUGAGGGAAGGGGAGCAAGAGGUCCACAAAAGACCUCCAGCAACAAUUCUGUCCACCAAAAGUCAAAAUGGUGGGAUGAAGUAUACAAACAAGCUCGUUAAUUUUUUUUUUUUAACUUGCUUUUCUAUUACUACUGUAUUAUUUUGUGUAUAUAUUGCAAAUAAUUGUAUGAUACA